AUCAUGGGCCGCCAGGUUUCCCAUCCCGUCAUGCCUAGCGCGCGGCGCUAUUUCCCCCGCGGGGCCUGCUGGGAAGGGUAGUCCAGGGCUGGCCGCUGUCCUUCCCCUGUUCUCGCCUCCUCGGUCUUCCUCUCCUCGGCUUCGCCAUGCUGCCGGCCAGCCGCCUCCUCCUCGCCCGCCUGGUCGCGUCGGGCAUCCGGAGCCCGGCCCGGCGCUAUGCUGAGGCGGCGGGGCCCGCCCAGAUGGCCUUCACCUUUGCCUCGCCCUCUGAGGUUUUCUACAAUGCAGCUACUGUGAAGCAAGUGGAUGUGCCCACCCUGAGUGGCUCCUUCGGUAUCUUGGCCGCCCAUGUCCCCACGCUGCAAGUCCUGAAGCCUGGAGUUGUGACGGUGUUUGCCGAGGACGGCUCUGCAGCGAAGUUCUUUGUUAGCAGCGGCUCCAUCACAGUGAACGCAGACUCCUCCGUCCAGCUACUGGCUGAGGAAGUGGCAGAGUUGGAUAGGCUUGACCUUGCGGCAGCCAAGUCAAAUUUGGAAAAAGCUCUGUCGGAGCUGGCCUCUGCCUCAGACGAAGCAUCAAAGGCCGAAGCCCAGAUCAACGUAGAAGCCAACGAGGCAAUAGUGAAGGCUCUGGAGUGACGAGGGAAAUCUUGCUGCCACUGCGUGGAAACGGCUGCCUCUGCUCUGGACCUCUCCUCCUCCUCCUCCUCCUCCUCUGAUCUUUACAGAGGAUGUGGGGUUAAAUCCAACCCUUAACAAAUAAAAAAAAAAGUAGGCAAAAGGA